GCUGCCCUCCGCCCUCCGGGGAGAUAAAGAGCGGCGGCCGCAGCCCGCCCGCGUCUCUCGGCGCCGCCGGCAGCAUGACGGCCAUCGGGGCGCAGGCGCAGCAGCUGCUGGCACACCGGAGACCACAGAAAUCCUUCUUUGAGACUCUGAUCAGGAGCCUGAUCAUCCUGUGCGUGGCCAUAGCCGUGGUCUUGUCGUCCAUCUCCAUCUGCGAUGGCCGCUGGCUCUUUGCGAGGGGGCAGCUCUUUGGACUGUGGCACUUCUGCACCGUUAGCAACGACAGCGUCCUGAAGUGUGUCACCGACCUCAGCCUGGCCCAGGUGGAGGGACUGAGCGUGGGGGUGAUUUUCAUCAGGAGCAUGGUGUCCUUUGCUGUUGUGGUUGCCAUAUUUGGGUUGGAGCUGCUGAUGGUGUCCCAGGUCUGCGAUGAUGCCAAUGCAAGGCGGAAGUGGGCAAUGGGUUCCGUUCUCAUCCUCGUCUCUUUUUUGCUGUCAGCCACUGGAGUUCUGAGCUUCUCCAUCCUGGUGAAGGAUCACCUCACCUUCACAGGCUUCACUCUGACGUACUGGUGUGAGUUCAUUGCCGCCUUUCUCUUCUUCCUUAACGGCAUCAGUGGACUUCACAUCAACAGCCUCACACACCUCAGGAGCAGGGUAGGCAAAAUCUAGGCACAAAGGAUGUACCUCUGCCUUUGUGUAAUCAGCUUUGCCAAUUAGACUAGAAAAAAGAGAGUCUAAUGAAGUUUGAAAAGGAGGCCCUGUCUUAAUUUGUGUUUAAGGAGGGGAAGCAUGAGUCAGUCUCAAUGCCUGUAGAAGAUGUAACCACCCACCGAUCAGCAUGGAGGGCUGUGCAACACCAGCAAGCAGAGACUGGGACUGGCUGCUACUGCAAUGUGGUUUUCUGGAGGAGUGGAUUAAAGCAGAGAUUUAAUCCUGUUAAACGUGCAGAGAUUUGGAAGACUGCAGUCUAUCCUGCAUGCUGAUCUGAGGCUUGCACAACACCUGUACUGCUGUUGGUUUGGUGUUGAUGUCUUUUCCUCAUGUUCUGGAGCCUGUGAAGAGUGUGAUAUAACUUCCUUGUAUCUCAUGGGUUUGUUCUGGCUCAGGGCCGGGUGACUUCUGCCUGACCCAGCUCACUUGUGUGGAGUAUUGAAAACCUUCACUGGAUCUCACUCCUUCAUUUUUCUUUCAAAAGAGAAGGCACACAGAACUUGAUCUGGUCACAGGUUUUGUUUCCUUCUGGCACAUUCCCUUUAUCUGUUCUUUUCUUGGUCAGUUGUUUUUGGGACACUUGGAACAGAGGUGCUGACCUGGGGUCAGGGAUAGGUGUUGGAUGAUGCAGAUGUACGGGGAAGGGAUGUGAUGCUUUCCUCAGGCAGCCGUGCAUAUCCCUGUAUUUGUGGCCCCUCCCCAGUGUCACCACUCUCCUGCCACCCCUGAAGGACUUGUGCCAACUGGUCAAUCAGACUGGUUCUCUCACAGCCUUUGCAAAGGCAUUGCUCUCUGUUUUUUCCUUUGUUUCUUUGGGGCAAGAGGGACAAAUUCUGCCAGGGCUUCAUGGGGCGUUGUGGCUGGGCAGACAAUGCAGAGACCACUGUGGCUUCUGGGAUGUGUUCUGGUUAUCACAGUUUCCACUGGGGCAGUGGGAAAUCUGCUUAUCCUGUAGCUGAGUCUCCUGUAGCAUUUCUAUGGGAGGAGGAAGCCCUAGAUCCUCCUGACCAGAUCAGGUCCUUUUCUUCCUCUGACUAGCAGUGAGCCUGGGAGGAGAAGCAGUCUGUGAUUGCCUAAGGAGGGGCUGAUGGGUGCAGCUCUAAUCUGUCACCGCUAGUAGAAAUGUUGAGAGACCUUGCCAAAAUUUUUAUACUGAGGCUGGUCUUUCUUCUGCCAAUGCCUGACUCAAGAUCUCUAAAAUCACUACAGCUUUGAAGUUCUCCAUGGUGUCUUAUGUAAAAGGAGAGAAAGCCUAAUUUGUAAAGUAGAUUAUCCCUACAUGUGUUCUCCCUGUCCAACACACAGCACUCAGUUGCUCACUGUUAAAAAUGUCUUUGGAGUGUUUCAGGGUUUCUGGUUUACUGUUUGCUUUGUAUCCACUGGUAAAGCUACUUAUAUCCUUGUUUUAGAACAAACGUUCCUACAUGUUUCAUCCCUGUACCUUGUCUGUUGAGCAAGGGUUAUUUUCCUGUGCAACAAGUUUGACACAGUUUUUCACCUGAAACAUGCACUCUAGCACAGAGGCCAAAAGGCCUGUGUAGGUGAACCAUGAGUAAACAGCUUUGUCUUUGAGCACUAAGGAUCUUAAGCUGUGCCUGAGCUGAAUGUGCCACACUUUGAUGAAUGUGCUCCUGUGGACUUGCUUGCUUUCAGGACAGUCUCCAUUCCUUCUUGGACUUCUGUAACUUCUUAAGACAAGACUGCUAGGCUCAUUUUGCAAUGCAGGUUCAGGCUUGGCUUGCCCUGGACAAUGCCAGUUGUACUUCUGCAUGUGAAUCUGCUCAUCUUUCUGUCAAAAUGAUGCAGAACUGUGCUACCCAGACAGCUCCUGAGGCUCGUGUAAUGCUUGGGGCUUUGUUGGGGUUUCGUGGCCCAUUCUCAACAACAAGGACUUGUGCCCCUAACAGGUCUCUGGAAAACUGCACUGUCUGUGUCUGUGAGGGUGCCUUUGGUUUGCUGAGCAGCACUGUUGAAGACAUGCUGCUGGGCUGAACUUGCAGAUACUUGUGUGAGCUGAUGCUGUUGGCUUUAGCAGAGCCGUUUAGCCCAAAGAGACCCUGCAAGGUCUGGUCCCAAACUGUUGCACUUUGGUGUUACCAGGGGUACCAGGAGUCCAGGAGUAUCUUAGCUAACCAAUGAUAAAGUUGUGGUGCCUGUGGGUGCCCACGCCAGGCAGGACAGUCCCCCGCAUGUAAGGGUGUCUAUGGCUUGUCUAGAAACAUGAAUGUAAUUUCAGAGUGACACUUUGGUGAUAUCCAGACUUGGAAAUCACUUUUGUGUGUACAUUCCCUCAUGCUAGUGGGAGGCUGUGCCUCCAUCCCUUUCUUUGGAAGGCAGCCAUAGCCAGACUGGGUUCCAGGCUGGUGCCUCCUGCUCGGGUUAGAGGGAGGCUGGACAAUUGGCCAUUCAGUUCACCCUAGACAUGGUGCAAUUGUGAAUGAUUUUAGGAUGCCCUCUCCUAGCUGAAGAAGAGGCCUUUUGUUGGGGGUAGGGAAUUCUCUGGGGAAAAUAGAACAACUUUUUUUUUUUUUUUUUUCCCAAAUGGUUUUGUAUAGUACUGCUCAACUUAAUCACGUUGGGGAAAGAUGCAUUUUUGACAGCUAAAUAUGACAGAAAAGAAUUGAUUUUCAUGGAGACAUCCUUACAUAGAGCAACCUGUGUGGCAGUGGGUCGCUGUUCAUUUUCUGAAGUGUGUGGAAGUGUUAAGCAAUAUUCCUGAAGUUUGUUAAAUAAAUUGAUUUGAAAUAAGAACUGUAAUUCAC